AUGAUUAUCCGCAUACUGGUAGAGGCUUUUGAUCCGGAUGCCGGUGUAAAUGGAACCAUCACUUAUAGUCUGACAAGUAUCCAGCCUCGCUCGGUACCGCCUUAUCUUCGCAUCGAUCCCGUUUCUGGUAUUGUCCAUUUGACUCGAGCUCCACCAGCCGAUUGGAUUGGACGCAAACAACUCGAAGCUGAAGUCCUGGCUCAAGACGGUGGAGGGAAAUCAGCAACCAUAGGUUUGAUAUGA